GGGGACAGCGGCUCUCCCGGGCCAGCCUGACUGGUAGCAAUGGAGGAAAGUAGCUUGGGCAGCAUGCAGCAGAAGGCUGGCGAGCUGGAACACAUGGCUGAGGUCCUGCUUACCGGGGAGCAGCUGCGGCUCAGACUGCAUGAAGAAAAGAUAAUUAAAGACCGAAGGCAUCACCUGAAGACAUAUCCAAACUGCUUUGUUGCCAAAGAACUGAUUGACUGGCUGAUUGAUCACAAGGAAGCCUUGGACAGAGAAACAGCAAUUAAACUUGUGCAGAAACUACUGGAUCGUAGCAUUAUCCACCACGUUUGCGAUGAACAUAAGGAGUUCAAGGAUCUCAAACUUUUUUACCGCUUCAGGAAAGACGAUGGAACCUUUCCACUUGACAGUGAAGUUAAGGCAUUCAUGAGAGGACAGAGAAUAUAUGAAAAACUGAUGACUACUGAAAACGUGCUUUUACAAGCCAGGGAAGAGGAAGGAAUAAAAUAUGAACGUACUUUCAUGGCUUCUCAGAUGAUUGAUUGGUUGAUCCAGGAAGGAGAGGCUACCACAAGAUCUGAGGCUGAGCAACUUGGUCGUAGACUGCUGGAACAUGGAAUUAUACAGCAUGUAUCCAACAAACACCAUUUUGUGGACAGCAACUUGUUGUUCCAGUUCCGAAUGAACUUCCGCCGGAGAAGGAGGCUGAUGGAGCUGCUCACUGAGAAGUCCCGCUCGAUGCCAGAGAGUCACGAUAGCCCGUUUUGUCUGCGCAAGCAGAAUCAUGACAAUAAAAAACACACCAGUUUCCUUUCAGUGAGUCCUAGCAAGGAGAUAAAGAUUGUCUCCGCAGUGAGACGGAGUAGCAUGAGCAGCUGUGGGAGCAGCGGGUAUUUCAGCAGUAGCCCUACAAUCAGUAGCAGUCCUCCGGUGCUGUGCAACCCCAAAUCAGUAUUAAAGAGACCAGUGACUCCUGAUGAACUGCUGAUGCCCGGAGCUCCCUAUUCUCGAAAAACCUUCACAAUUGUAGGUGAUGCCGUCGGGUGGGGAUUCGUGGUGCGUGGGAACAAACCGUGCCACGUUCAAGCUGUGGAUCCCAGUGGCCCAGCAGCUGCUGCAGGAAUGAAGGUCUGCCAGUUUGUGGUUUCCGUGAACGGGCUCAAUGUUCUCCAUGCAGACUACAGGACCGUGAGCAACCUCAUCCUGACAGGCCCUCGAACCAUCGUCAUGGAAGUGAUGGAGGAAACAGAGCUCUGAGAAGGCCCUUGCUAGCUCUUCCUGCUGUGUUCACAGCCAUUGCUCAGCUAAGAGCCAAGUGAUGAAAGGGAGAUAGCCUCGCCAAUGAAGAUGAUUUUGCCUUCUAAGUACUUUCCUUUCCCCCUUUAACAAUCAUAGAUACUUCAAUGGAUAUGUGGUAGGACCAGUUCUGCACUGAGGUGAACCCAAGGUACAGAUGCUGCAAGCUGGCUUGCCCUACAAUAUGGGUCCAUGGCUUAUCAGGAGCACAGCAGACUCGGGUGCGUGAUCCCAACACCACCUGUUGCCAUCAUGUCAGGAAUCGUGCCUGUGCAGGGAUCUCCCAACGCUGCAUUCAUCGGUCCUUUCUUAAUUCAUCAUUUUUAUGUUGUGACGGUGCAGACUUAACAUCACGUCCAGACAGCUUUCAUGUGGACACCUGACGGUGCCAUGCUGCAAACACAUGGUUUCUUAAAAACAGGGCUGCUUAUGCUAAUCAACCUUUGAAUCAAGAAGAGUUCGAUCCUGCAACCUCUGCAAAUUAUGCAAAUUAAAGGCGUACAUCUCAUGCCACUAGCAAUAGAGAUGGAUAAGAAGCACUGCUGAGUUCAGAAGUCCUGCUGCAACCAUGAUGGGAAUCCCACCAGGGGCAAGACAUAAAAAAUAUCGGUUCCCCCUGCCACACCACCCUUCCACAACUCUUUGCCCUGAUAGAAAACAGUCGACUGUUUGUUUUUCCCAGUCAUACAAGCAGCAUCGGGGUCAGGAGAACAUCACAAGGAAUAUGCCCUUUAAAAAUCUUCCUCUUCUCCAGCCCACUUCUCUAGUUCCAGUCUCAUUCAGAGCUCCCAACUGCUGCUGCUACUUUUUUAGAAAAAGAAAAUAUCAGCACUCUGAUUGCAGAUCAUGCACAUUUGUCCAGCUGGUUCUUGAGAUACCUUGCACUUACUGAACGAAACCAUGGAAGAAUGGACUACCAAGAGGCUUUCUUUAUAAGCUUGCUUUGGAUUUGGGCUAAGCUACGAUGAUAUUCCUAGAUAACCAGCAGCCACAUUAGAUGAUGUUCCAAAUCCAAAUGUUAGUUCCCUAUAACUCUCCCAAAGCAAUCACCAAAACAUUUGCGUUCAAGGAGAGUUCAGCUUCAAUCCUAUACACACUUACACAGGAGUUUACCCCGGUGGACUCAUUAGGGCUUACCUCUGAGUAACUGUUAUAGGAUUGCACUGCACAACUAAGUAAAAUGAUAGGUUUAAUCUUGGUAUAGUCUAGUGCAGAGGUAGGAUGCCACGUAUAGUCUGAAAUAUAUGAAAGACAACAUCUCUGAGCCUUAUCAAGUAGCCAGGGCUAGUAGCCAGGGACUAUGGGAAUUGUUGUUCAAAACAUCUGGAAGGCAUGUAGCUCCAUGUAGAGCACAUUACAGUCCAAAGGUGAGUUUAGGAGGGCAUGGAUUACCAUUGCUGGAUUCAGGCCAUGCAGACAGGGACACAACUGGCAUAUCAUCCAGAGUUCAAAGAAGGUGCUCCUGACCACAGAUGCCACCUGGGACUCCAGGAACGGCUCUGGGCCCAGGAGCACCCACAAAGUCUGUACUCUGUCCUUUAGGGGAAGUGCAACCCCAUCCAGGACAGAAUGGAUAUGAUCCACCUGGACAGAGGUCUCACCUUCCAAGAGCAGGCAGGUAGUAGAUCAAAUUUCAAUUUACUAACCCUCAUCCAGUCCAUCUUCCCACUCAGACAAGGGUUCAGAGCAGUCAGUGCUAUGCCUGGAUUAGAUGUAAAUGAGGUAGAGCUGAGUGUCAUCAGCGUACCGGUGAUACUCCAGCCCAAGCCUCUGGAGUACCUCAUGUAGAUGUUGGACAGCCUGGGGGACAGGAUGGGACCCUGCAGUACUCCACUGCGUGACUGCCAUGGAGCUGAGAUACCGUCCCCCAGCAUUGCUUUCUGGCAUCUGCCAGUCAGGUAGGAGCAGAACAGCUGCAAAGCAGUGCCUCCAACUCCCAAC